AUGCGAGUCCCACGACAGAUUCUCUUCAUCGACGCCUACGACUCCUUCACGAACAACGUCGUCGGGCUCUUGGAAAAAACACUUCGUAUUCAAGUGACGGUCAUACGUAACGAUUCGGCGAGUGCGGCCUCUCAAAACCUCAAGGCUUUACUUCAGCACUUUGAUGCCGUCGUUAUCGGACCUGGGCCCGGCCACCCCGCAAACCCACACGAUAUCGGGUUAAUCAGCCAGCUAUGGGAGCUCGAUGAUGUGGACCUGCUCCCGAUACUUGGUGUUUAUCAAACACUGCUGCCUCUUGCUUGGGACUACGGCGAUGAUGCGAACGGACCCGUGCUCCUCGCGGUACGCCACGCCACCAAGCCGUUCUGGGGCGUGCAAUUUCAUCCAGAGUCGGAGUGUACGACAGCCGCCGCGGCGCAAACAAUGAUCUCCAAUUGUAACGAUGCUGAGCUCGAAGCCCACCUCGGGGCCUCCACAAUUGAGAAGCCAGAGGAGUUGGAAUACUGCGCCAAGGUCGCUUCCUGCCAAGAAACGCUGGCCGCCGGGGACUCGUACGAGCUCUGUUUGACGGACGAAAGCAAGCUUUUAGGCCCCGAGGCUCUCGACCCCUGGAAGCUCUACAAGAAACUCCGACACCGCAAUGCCGCCCCUUUUGGAGCAUACCUUGAGCUUGGCGGUGCCACGGUGGUGGGGAGCAGUCCGGAGCAGUUUCUAAAGUGGGAUCGCCAGGGCCGCCUAGAGUUCCGACCGAUCAAGGGCACUGUGAAGAAAGGACCCGAUGUCACCUGGGAGUCUGCGGCCGCUAUCCUUAAUAGUUCUAAGGAGCGGGCAGAGAACCUAAUGAUCGUUGACUUGAUCCGCCACGAUCUUAGCGGAGUGGUGGGGGCGGCAAACUGCAAGGUCUCUCAGCUCAUGGUCAUCGAAGAGUACGAGACCGUCUACCAGCUCGUCUCGGCCAUCGAGGGCCAGCUCCCGGAAGGAAAGUGUGGGAUGGAUGUGCUGCGCGUCUCCCUACCCCCGGGUCCAUGA